AUGAAUCUCCCAAGUGUCCACUUCAUUGGCGCUCUGCUGUCGCUGUGGAGCAUUCGCAUAGGAGCCGAGUUCCCCUUGCUCUUUCCGGCAGCCUCCGUUUACCAGGUCACCUCCUCGCUGUCGGUGCCCGUGGUGAUUCCGGAUCGGAAACUCUUCUGGGAUUGGGGCCUUCAGAUAAACUAUGCCCUGCCCGCUCAGCCGUCCUCCUUCUACGCGGCCACCAUUUGGCAGGAUGAGUUCUCGCGCCGGGGAAGGCGCCAUUUGCGCAAUGAGACCGCCAAGUAUCUGCCCGAAGGUGUUGCCACGAUCCAUCCCAGUGACUUUACGGCCGCAGAGCUGUACGAGAGUUUGGAGAACAUGCUUGUCCGCUAUGGAUUUGAUGAGUCCUGCCUCCUGCGAAGUGUUUGCGAGCUGGCCCGACAUCCUUUCAAGGAUAUUGAAGACAAUAUGCUCACCGCUCUGUUGACUUUUACACUCACACCCUCUUUGCACGAGGCUUUUGCCCCCGGAGAAAAUCUCUACCGGGAAGUCUACGAACAGGCCGAACAGCAUGGUUUUCUGGGAAAGGAUUGUGGCCAACUGUAUUCCAAUUGUUCCGUGGACUUCCUCAGCGGCAUCAGUAGCCUGUUGAGCUGA